UUUUCGCUGAGAAGGUCCUCAUCAACAUUGGAACGUGGUUGAUAUCACACUUGCAUCGCUCGCUCUAAUAAAAUACACCCUUAAAUCUCAAUCCAGGUGUAAGAGAAAGUCUUACUUUGGUUGUUUAGCUCUGCGGUUAUUUUCUCAACACAACAUAUAGUUCUAGCCAUGUUCCAAGCACGAAUUUAUCCCGUGUCUGCUUCGCCGAGGUGUGCUACUCCGUCCACUGAACUCGAAACCGUCGCGGUGAAACGAAACAUUGGAUGUCGACUUGGACUAUGCAUUGGUCUCCAACAAGACACAGUGCUGAAGAAACAACAGCGUCGCCAAGUGUGGAUAAUGGUGGUGAUGACACUUAUUCCCAUCAUAACUCUGGCAAUCCUGGCAGUUGUUCUGAUGACAAACUCCAGCGUGUACACCGUCCGGCUGCAAUGGCUGAGGAACGAGGUCGGUGGAAGCGUGGAGAACGCCGGUCAGUUGAUCCACCGCCUGCAGAUCGAGAGGGGAAUGACCGCCUUCUACCUGUCUUCCGGCAACAGAGAAGAGCUGGACAAACUCCUGGGCAUCUACGAGCAGACCGACUCGGCCAUCGAUAACAUCUCCUGGGUAAACGACAAUCCCCGUGAGGUGCCUGAUUUUUUUGAAAGCAAGGAGCGCUACCGGGCUCAUCUUGUCCUAUUCCGUGAGAGGUUUGUGUCAACAGGUGGAUCCAACACGAGCAUCCCCGACAUCAUGACCUUCUAUACCACUGAUAUAGAUGUAAUCAUCGGUUGGCUCUCGGAGGGGAUACAACUGCAUGAUCCCGCCGGUGGGCUCUGGUCCAAACUCAUCUCUUACCAGCUACUGCUUCUAGCCAAAGAGCACACCGGCAAAGAGAGAGCCAUCGGAAGCAUAUUCUACUCGCGCGGGGGUUUCAGCCAAAACGAUGACUUCAUCUGGUUCAUGAAUGAGAGUGUCGCGGGGAAGAGGUUCCUGGACAUAGCCUUACAAUUCUCAUCGUUUCUACAACAGGCCUUGAAGGAGGCAAUCGACAACAAUGUGACAAGUCAAAUUGAGAACAUGCGAUCCGAGAUCCAUCUCAAUAAUCACCAGUUGCUGGAACCGUCACUAGCCAAGGGUGACAGGUGGUUCCAAAAUAUGACCCAUUUCAUCAACGACCUCCUCCAAUUACAGACUAAACUGGGCAACUCGAUCAUAGAGGAGCUGAACUCCGACAUGAAAUGGAGCUUGUCGUACGUGGUGGCCUACGCCUUUCUGCUCUUCACUGUUCUCAUCACGGGCCCACUGAUCAUCCGGGGCAUCAUCCGCCAGACCCAUCACAUCCAACACGUGGGCGACUCCCUGCAUCGCAAGACGCUGGAACUCCGAGAAGAAAAGAGGAAAUCGGACUCGCUGCUGCAUGAGAUGCUACCCAAGGUGGUAGCUGAGCAACUCAAGCUGACGGGCCAAACACCCGCUGAGAGCUACGACGAAGUGACGGUUUUCUUUUCAGAUGUGGUCAACUUCACUGCUAUGUCGGCUAUCAGUUCACCUAUGCAGGUAAUAGUGAUGCUGAACACUUUGUACCAAUCUUUGGACGCCCUCAUCGACCGUUAUGAUGUCUACAAGGUGGAGACAAUUGGGGACGCAUACAUGGUUGUUUCAGGGGCUCCAAAUCGCAAUGGCAGGCGCCAUGCACCAGAAAUGGCCAAGCUAGCUCUGGCCAUCUACCGAGAGAUGGCUACUCUACACAUCCCCCAUCUGCCGGACCACACAUUCCAGCUCCGCAUCGGCAUUCACACGGGUCCGUGUGCCGCGGGCGUAGCUGGCUCAACAAGACCGCGUUAUUGCCUGUUUGGAGAUACAAUCAAUACGGCGUCUCGAAUGGAGUCUACUGGAGAACCUGGACGAAUUCAUAUCAGUCAGGCCACACGGGAGGCCUUACUCCGUGUGAACAACGACGAAGGUGAAGAUGAGGAGUUUUACGUUACACUGCGCGGUACAUUAGACAUCAAGGGGAAAGGUGCGAUGACAACAUACUGGUUAUUAGAGAGGCCUGCCGUGGAAAACCAACAACCGACGUAGUGAGCACCGCACGGAAAUAGACAUAUCAGGCAAAGAAUAUUUUAUAUUAAAAGGUGUGCAUUGUCAGAUGAUAAACUAUCAUUCCGUAACCUAUUACACGAAGAAAAAAAAAAAGGAGUCUAACUCAAGGAUUGUGGGGUUAUGUUAUUCGUAAACUAGCAGUGCGUUCG